GCGGAACGAGCGCAAAUCAACAACAAAUACAUAACCUUCCGCCGUGUUUAUUAGAAGUGCAGUGUUUAUCGAAAUUCGAUCAAAUUUAUCCGAAAUAAAUUAAACUGACGAUGUCCAACGUAAAGAGCGCCGUGAAGCCAUCGCAGGCAUUGAAUUUGGACGUUCAACAGCAAAAGAACUUCAUCAAAUUUUGGGAGUCCCUCGGUGAGAAAACAAGCACAACAGUCCGAUUUUUCGACCGUACCGACUAUUACAGCGUCCACGGUGAGGACUCUCAUUUGGCAGCAAAAUGCAUUUUCAAAUCGGUUUCGAAUAUAAAAACAAUGAAACCGGACAGCAACGCCGGAUUGGAUUAUUUAUGCUUGAGUAAAGGCAAUUACGAAAUCCUUUUGCGUGAGCUGCUACUCGUGAAAUUGUUCAGGGCGGAAUUGUUCAAAAGAAAGAAUAAUGAUUCUCGAUCGAAUGACUGGCAUCUCGAGGCCAAGGGCUCACCAGGAAACUUAAUCCAAUUCGAGUCGGUUUUGUUCAACAACAACGAAAUGGAUAUCGGCACUACACUGAUUGCACUGAACUUUAAACUCCAGGACCAACAGAAGAAAGUCGGUGUAGCGUCGGUCGAUGCGAACGAAAGAGUCAUUUCGAUCAUCGAAUUCAUUGACGACGACUUUUUCAGCGAACUGGAAGCUAUAAUCGUACUGUUGGGACCGAAAGAAUGUGUCCUGCCAACCGCUGACGGAGAGUUCAAGACGAUCAAAAAGUUAUUGGAUCGCAAUAACGUGAUGGUCACCAUGACUAAGAAGACGGAUUUCAAUUUGGAGAAGUCGGAUUUAGUUCAGGACCUAAACAAGUUGUUAAAAUUCGAAAAGGGACAACAAGAGAAUGCCCAAACAUUACCAGAGAUGUCGAAAACGGUUGCUAUGUCAGCAUUGGGAGCGGCGUUAAAGUAUUUGAAUCUCAUUGGUGAUUCAUGUAAUUUGGGACACUUCGAAAUGAAAUUACUGGACCUGAAACGAUUUGUUCAUUUGGAUGCUGCAGCUGUUUCCGCUCUAAAUUUACAUCCGAAGCCGGGAACCCUGAUAAACUCGUCCGCAUACAAAUGGCAUAGUAUUCUGGGCGUUCUGGAUAGAUGUAAAACAGCUCAGGGACACCGAUUAAUGGCACAGUGGGUUAAGCAGCCAUUACGAAAUGAAUCGAUCAUCAAAGAUCGUCAUGAUAUUGUCCAAUGUUUCAUUGACGCCAGUACGGCGCGAACGGAUCUUCAUGAUAGUUAUAUGAAAAGGAUGCCGGAUGUUAUGGUUUUGUGCAAGAAGCUUAUGCGUAAGAAGGCUUGCCUGAAAGACCUGUACAGACUCUAUCAAGUGGUUGCUCGCAUUCCGAAAAUUUUAGCAAUCCUAUCGGAUCUGCUGAAUCCGGCAGUCGACAGUGUCAUUGUCUCCCCAAUGAAGGAAACUUUUGGAGAUCUGAAGUUAUUCAAACAAAUGGUGGAACAGGUUAUCGAUGCAGAAGGCAUAAAACGAGGCGAAUAUUUCAUAAGACCAUCGUUCGACACCGAAUUGGAAACGGUCAAAGCAUCGAUGGAUGAAGUGGAGGAGAAGAUAAACAAAAAACUCAAAGCUGCCGCUAGUGAUCUGAAUCUCGACGCUGGUACAGCAAUAAAAUUGGAGUAUGUCGCACAUCACGGCUAUCAUUUUCGCAUAACGUUGAGUAAUGAGAGCGUUCUACGAAAGAAUACCAAGUACAAAACGUUGGACGCAGUUAAGGGUGGCGUUCGAUUCAACACAGACGCAUUGGUUGCGUUAAAUGAUGAGUUUAACGAAGCGCGAAAGGCGUACGAGGAACAACAGCAAAGCAUUGUUGAAGAAGUGAUUCGCGUCGCUCUUGGCUACCUGGCUCCGCUUAGCUGUUUGAACGGUCAAUUGGCACAAUUGGACUGUCUGUUAAGCUUUGCUAUUGCGGCAAUCUCAGCACCAAUUUGUUACACUCGGCCAACAAUGUCCCCCGAAGGUAAUGGAGUAAUGGAGUUCAAACAAUUACGACAUCCAUGCCUGGAACUGCAAGAAGAUGUAACGUUCAUUCCAAACGAUUGUUCCUUCAAAAAAGAGGAAACACACAUGAGCAUCAUUACCGGUCCUAACAUGGGCGGAAAAAGUACUUACAUUCGAUCGGUUGGUGCGGCUGUUCUGAUGGCACAAGUUGGAUCGUUUGUUCCCUGCGAGUACGCUAAUAUAUCGAUCGUUGACUGUAUUCUGGGACGAGUCGGUGCUGACGAUAACAUAAACAAGGGAUUGAGUACGUUCAUGGUGGAGAUGAUUGAAACUGCUCAAAUUAUUCGGACUGCGACGGAGAAUUCUUUGGUCGUAAUAGAUGAACUUGGCCGGGGAACAUCUACGUACGAGGGAUGCGGAAUCGCUUGGUCGAUUGCUGAACAUCUAGCGAAAGUUACGAAAUGCUUUACACUCUUCGCCACCCACUUCCAUGAAAUAACCGAACUCGCUGCCUACGUACCAACCGUCAAAAACAGUCAUAUGGUAGCCGUAGCCGAUAGUGAAAAUUUCACGUUGCUGUAUCAAGUGAAACCUGGCGUAAUGGAUAAAAGUUUCGGUAUUCACGUCGCCAAGCUGGCCAAUUUUCCGCAGCGUGUAGUAGAGGAAGCGCAGAAAAUAUACGACGAAACUGAUGAUCACAAAUCGGAUGAUGAGAAGAAAUCCACCAAAUAUUUGCAGGCGAUGGACAUUCUCGAUAAAAUUGAUGCGUCAUCUGUUGAUGACAUCGUAGCCAUAGUACAGAAAACUUUGGUUCAUUAAAAUGUUGAAAAAUUAGAGUUAAGUCGAAGGCACUCGUUGAUCUUUGUAGUUGUUCCCGUUAUUUUGCUUAUCAAUAAAAUACAUUCCAUGACACGA